GUGAACAUGGGAGAGAACGAGUGGGUUAACGGGUAUUUGGAGGCGAUAUUGGACGUUGGAAGUGCAAGGAAUGGGAAGAGGGAUGCAGAGAGCCGAGGAAGGAACCAAAAGAAGAGCUUAAGGAGUAAACUCGAUGAGGAGAUGUUGAAGUUCGACAAGAUAGAUAUCGAGAAGGAUAAGGUGUUCACUCCUACUAGGUACUUUGUUGAACAAGUUGUCAUUGGCUUCGAUGAGGCCGAUCUCCAUAGAACUUGGGCCAAGAUGAUAGCAACUAGGAAUUCUCGUCAUCGCAACAACAGGCUUGAGAAUAUGUGCUGGCGUAUUUGGCAUCUCGCCCGCAGAAAGAAGCAGAUGGCAAGGGACGCAGCGCAAAAGCUAGUGCAACGGAGAUUUGAUAGGGAGAAAGCGCGUAGUGAUGCUGCACGGGAUCUUUCUGAUCUGUCUGAGGGAGAGAGGGACAAAGGAGAGCCUAAUCAAGCUGGCCCGGUCUCAAACAUUCCAAGAAUAAGUUCGGAUACGCAGCUUUGGCCAGAUCACCAAUCCCGACAACUUUAUAUUGUUCUCAUAAGUCUUCAUGGCCUGGUUCGCGGAGAAAAUAUGGAGCUUGGACGAGACUCUGAUACUGGCGGUCAGGUUAAGUAUGUGGUGGAAUUAGCCCGGGCUUUGGCCAGCAUGGAAGGGAUACACAGAGUGGAUCUUCUCACGAGACAGAUUACUUCGCCCGAGGUUGACUCCACCUAUAGUGAACCUAUAGAGAUGCUUUCAUGCCCCUCUGAUGGAGUCGAUAGCUGUGGGGCCUACGUUGUCCGAAUCCCUUGUGGCCCGUCUGAUAAAUACAUACCAAAAGAGUCUCUAUGGCCUUACAUAGGUGAGUUUGUUGAUGGAGCUCUCAGCCACAUCGUCACCAUGGCAAGAGCUUUGGGGGACUCUGGAAAACCGGCAUGGCCUUAUGUUAUCCACGGCCACUAUGCAGAUGCAGGCGAAGUUGCAGCGCGCUUGUCUGCUGUCCUAAACGUGCCAAUGGUGUUAACGGGGCACUCCCUGGGUAGGAAUAAACUGGAGCAGCUACUCAAACAAGGCAGGCUCUCCAGGGAGGACAUCGACAGCUCCUACAAUAUAAUAAGGAGGAUCGAGGCUGAGGAGUUGGGGUUGGAUUCGGCUGAGAUAGUAGUGACGAGCACCAAGCAAGAGAUAGAAGAGCAGUGGGGUUUGUAUGAUGGAUUUGAUCUACAGCUGGAGAGGAAGCUGAGGAUAAGGAGACGGAGAGGAGUGAGCUGCCUCGGAAGAUACAUGCCAAGGAUGGCGGUUAUACAACCAGGUAUGGACUUCAGCAGUGUGGCGGAGGAACUAUUGUUAGACGGUGAAGGAGAUCUCAAAUCGAUGAUUGGUGCUGACAAGAAACGUCCAAUGCCUCCGAUAUGGUCAGAGAUUAUGCGUUUUUUCACCAAUCCUCACAAGCCUAUGAUACUAGCAUUGUCCCGUCCGGACCCAAAGAAAAACAUAACAAGUCUACUCAAGGCUUUUGGAGAAUGCCAGCCCCUUCGAGAACUGGCAAACUUGACACUAAUAUUAGGCAACAGAGACAACAUUGAAGAAAUGCCCAACAGCAGCUCAUCUGUGCUUACAACAGUACUCAAGCUCGUUGACAAGUACGAUUUGUACGGUCAGGUAGCUUAUCCAAAGCAUCACAAGCAACCCGAAGUUCCUGAAAUAUAUCGCCUUGCAGCCAAAACCAAGGGCGUUUUCAUCAAUCCAGCUCUAGUCGAACCAUUCGGUCUCACUCUCAUAGAGGCUGCUGCUUAUGGACUACCCGUUGUUGCCACAAAAAACGGUGGACCUGUUGACAUAUUAAAGGCACUCAAUAACGGUCUGCUUGUCGAUCCACAUGAUGAGAAAGCCAUCUCAGAUGCUCUUCUAAAGCUCGUUGCUGACAAGAACCUCUGGAAAGAAUGUCGGAGGAAUGGCCUGAAAAAUAUUCACAAGUUCUCAUGGCUGGAGCACUGUCGUAGCUACCUCUCGCAAGUUGAGCAUUGCAGAAACUACUACCCGACAAAUCUUCUUUCUGUCAUGCCGAUUCCUGAGGAACCACUGAGUGAAUCACUCCGUGGCAUUGAGGACCUAUCUCUGAAGUUCUCUAUUGAUGUGGAUGUAAAGGCUAAUGGGGAACCUGAUGAUGAAACUAGCAACCAGCAGAAAAUCAUUGAUUUUAUUCUACAGAAAAAGGCGACUUCGGUUGGAAAAUCAGUAAAUAUUUACUGUCCAGGGAGAAGGCAACGGUUGUGUGUGAUAGCCAUUGAUAGUUAUAACAGUAAUGGAAGCCCUGCUGAGGAAUUGCCAUUGAUUAUCAAGAAUGUUAUUCAGGUCUCGGAAUCGAAGUGUAUGGGGAUAGGCUUUGUACUAUUGACAGGUAUGAGUUUGCAGGAGACGAAGGAAAUGUUGGGGAGUGAGGUAAAGCUAGAAGACUUCGAUGCACUGGUUUGUAGCAGCGGAAGUGAAAUGUGUUAUCCUUGGAGAGAUUUGGUUUCAGACCAAGACUACGAAUCCCACAUUGAGCGCCGUUGGCCAGGUGAGAAUGUGAAAGCAAUAGUAACGAGGCUUGCAAGUGUAGAGAACGAUGAUGUGCAGCUCAGUCGAUGUGGCUCACGAUGCUACUCAUAUAGCAUCAAACCUAAAGCAAAGGUUCAUAAAAUAGACGAUCUAAGGCAGAGGCUACGUAUGAGAGGCCUAAGGUGCAACAUGGUCUAUACUCAUGCUGCAUCGAGAUUGAAUGUUAUACCAUUGUUUGCAUCAAGAUCUCAAGCAAUAAGAUAUUUAUCUGUGAGAUGGGCUGUAGAGAUGGAAAAGGUGAUUCUAUUCAUGGGGGAAAGAGGGGACACGGACCGUGACGAUUUACUCAGAGGUGUUCACAAAACUGUUAUCCUUAGAGAUUCUGUUGUUUAUGAUAGUGAGAGUAAAGUGCAUAGUAAGGACAGCAUGUCCAUCACUCGGGAUAACAAAGGAGUAACUUUGGCAGAGGGCUUUGAAGUUCAUGACAUUUCCAAAGCCUUGGAUUUUUUUCAGAAUCCGAUAUGAUUUGUGAUAGCAGCACAAGUGACUGCACAUGUCACAGUGAUGCAGACCAUAUUAUCGACAGCCAUGUAAAAGAGAAGCAGAAAUUUGAGGUAGAUAAUGCAAGUAACUUAUCGCUUGAAUCAAGACUAUAUAGAAGGCGCAUAAAAUGAAGUUUUAUAUAUCCCCUUUUCUUUUUUCUGCACCAA